UAAAAUAAAACCCUUGCGUGUUGAUAUUGCUAUGGUUGGUUAAGGAGCUCGCAAUGUGGAUUAGUUGGCCUAAACAACAAUACCUACAAUAGUAUUAAACCCGGCCUCGUAACCCAACAUAUCCGACCUCAUCUGCCCAAGUAGCCAACAAAAAUUUCAAAUGCAUGAGGAAUGAUGCUGUCCCGGAUCAUUUUCUGCACGGCGGUUCUGUUGGCGACACUGGCAGUAAUCCUUUUGGCUUUGUUCUCGCCACUACCCAAAAGGAAGCCGUCGCCGCCGUGGCUCGACCUUUCCUUAUACAUUCAACAACCACACAACAACAACAACAACAUUGCAGGCUCAAAUAACGCUGGAAAACAACCGCAACCGGACAGCAGCGGAGGAGCGUUCAUCUUCCACCGGAUGCUCACCGAGGGACCCGAGAACACUUCCCGUGUGGUGGGGAAAGCGCAGGGAUUCAUAAUCCCCGUGGAGCACUUUGCCAACUCGGGAUUCAACAUAAUCUAUCUGACCUUCCACACGCCUCAGUAUUCUGGCAGCCUCAGCGUGGAGGCCAAGCAUGUUUCGCGCCAAGGCACGGAGGAGCUUACGGUGAUGGGGGGAACGGGGUCGUUUGCUUUUGCGAGAGGAGUUGCCGUUUUUGCUCAGACAACUGAUCAAGAUGAUCAGCAACCGCCAUCGGGGAAUGGGGUGGAUUAUGCCACUUAUCAUGUAAAGUUGCAGCUUAGAUUUCCCAACCAGUCUCGGACAGUUUUAGGAUGAAACUCUCAUGUGCACAGCACAGGUUUUGUUUUUGUAAUAUUUUCUCUGUAAUACGUAUUGAUUAACAAUAAUAAUUAUUUCUUGACGGGAGA